CGGACGAUGAUAAGAAUGAUCUCGUCCUCGAUCUUCAUGUAUCCCACCUCCCUCUUCCCUUUUUUCCUUAUCUUAAUUUCUUUUUCUUUUUCCCUCUCUCUCUUCAUCUUUUUCUUUCUUUCUAUAUACUUCUCGUUCAAAGUUGCAUUCACUGUGCCUAUCCUAUUCGAUGUAAUAUUUUUGCUCUAUCCCCCGCCUUCCCCCCCAACAACCAUCUAUCUACUGCUGAAUCCGCAGUCAGAAAUCGCAUUUAUCCGCAGUGGCUGGGCCACUAUUUGUACCAUUUAAUACCAAUCGUUGCCUCAUACCCCUGUGCGCAUAACCAACCUCUUUUCCUUUUUUUUUAUUAUCUCUGUGUCUUUUUAUUAUUGUGUGUGUCGCAUUUAGUUGUGUGCAUAAUAUUAUCAUCAUCAUUAUUUAUCAUUACCUAUUA